AUGGAGAAGACUAUCUCGACUCGAGUCGGCCGCGCUUUCGCAAGACUUUUAGGAAUUGACUUAGGUCCGACUCCUCCGGUUGUGGGAGAUGAGGCCAGGACUUAUGGCUAUUAUGAGCAUGAGCCCACCGUGGGAGACUGGUUUCGGGGUCAUACACCUACUGACCCUCAAGUUCGUUGUUAUCUCUGGGACCUGUUUCCUUUUCUUCAUUGGAUUGGGUAUUAUAACGUGCAGUGGCUGGUUGGGGAUCUCGUGGCAGGCAUUACUGUUGGCGCUGUGGUCAUCCCACAGGGUAUGGCAUACGCUGAACUAGCCAAGCUACCCCCGGAGUACGGUCUAUACUCUUCAUUCAUGGGGGUCUUGAUCUAUUGGUUCUUUGCGACGUCCAAGGACAUCACUAUCGGGCCUGUGGCGGUCAUGUCCACGCUCAUGGGCUCAAUCAUCAUCAGAGUUCAAGCAGUUCACCCCGAGAUACCUCCCCCGGUCCUUGCUUCUGCUAUGGCAAUCAUUUGCGGUGCGAUUGUAUUGUUCCUCGGGUUGCUUCAUCUGGGCUUCAUCGUUGACUUCAUCCCUCUUCCUGCUAUCACUGCUUUCAUGACGGGGUCCGCGAUCAAUGUCUGUGCUGGCCAAGUGAAGACGGUCCUCGGCGAGAAAGCGCAUUUCUCUACGCGUGGAGCAACCUACAAGAUAAUUAUUGAUACGCUGAAGCAUCUUCCAUCUACUCAAAUGGACGCUGCUAUGGGGGUCACAGCUUUGGCAAUGUUAUAUGGCAUACGGUUUGCUUGCAAUUAUGGAACAAGGAAGAAACCACACAAGGCAAAACUAUUUUUCUUUCUGUCCACACUGCGCACUGCCUUCGUCGUUCUUUUCUACACCAUGAUCAGCGCUGCGGUUAACCUCCAUCGACGUACACACCCUGCCUUUAAGCUACUUGGUAAUGUUCCUCGGGGGUUCAAGGCUGCAGGAGUCCCCAAAAUAGAUAUUCCAAUUAUCAAGGCAUUUCUUGGUGAGCUCCCUGCUGCUGUGAUUGUUCUGUUAAUUGAGCACAUUGCCAUCUCGAAAUCAUUCGGUCGUGUCAAUAACUAUACGAUCGACCCAUCGCAGGAAUUCAUUGCGAUUGGCAUAUCAAACCUACUAGGACCAUUUUUAGGCGCAUAUCCAGCUACAGGCUCAUUCUCGCGAACUGCUAUCAAGGCAAAGUGCGGCGUACGCACUCCGCUCGCAGGUGUGAUCACUGCCGUUGUCGUCCUUCUUGCAAUCUAUGCACUGCCGGCGCUGUUCUUCUUCAUUCCCAAAUCCUCCUUGUCGGCCGUGAUCAUCCACGCAGUCGGGGAUCUCGUUACACCGCCCCGUAUCACCUACCAAUUCUGGCGCGUAUCUCCAAUCGACGCACUCAUCUUCUUCAUGGGUGUGACUGUGAUCAUAUUCUCAACCAUCGAGACAGGAAUUUACUGCACAAUCGGCGUAUCGCUCGCAGUACUCCUCUUCCGACUCGCCAAAGCGCGAGGCCAAUUCCUCGGCUACGUCCAGGUUCACUCAGUCGUGGGCGACCACAUCCUCAACAUAUCCCAGGGAGAUCCAAACCCAGAAUUCGACGAUGACACCAACAUAUCCCGAAGAAUCUACCUCCCAACCGAACAUGAAGGCGGCACAAACCCCCGAAUCAAAAUCCACCAGCCAGCACCAGGGAUCUUCAUCUACAGAGUCUCCGAAGGAUUCAACUACCCCAAUGCAAACCACUACACAGACCAUCUAGUCAGCCACGUCUUCAAAGAAACUCGCCGCACAAACCCCCAAGCAUGGGAAACACCAGGCGACAGACCCUGGAACGACCCAGGUCCAACGCGCGCCGAGCGCAGAAUCCUCCUAGCAGAAACACCCACAUCCCCGCUCCCAACGCUCCGCGCCAUAAUCCUUGAUUUUGCAGCUGUCAACAACGUAGAUGUCACAUCCGUGCAGAACCUCAUCGACGUCCGGAACCAGCUAGACCGCUGGGCAGCCCCAGACAGCGUGCAGUGGCACUUCGCGCACAUCCAGAACAGAUGGACGAAACGUGCUCUGUCAGCCGCUGGGUUCGGGUUCCCUGCUGUCUCUGACGGGUCAGGGCCCCGAUUUCAGAGGUCGAUUUUUAACGUUGCGGAGAUCCUGGAUGGUAGUUUACCGAGUGCGGCGGCUCAAUCUCAGGUCGUCGAGUUGAGGGAGGACUCAAAGGAUUUAGAGACCGGUCUGAAGGUUCAGGAGAGUAGCGCCUCCUCGUCGGUGAUGGGUGUUUCUGAGGAUGAUAUCCAGGUUAUGGGGACUGAGAGGGAUGCAAAGGUUAAUACUCAUCGGCGGCCCGGGAAAUCCGGCAUCGGGACUGUUAUGGCUGUUGUUGAGGGAAUUAACCGGCCUUUCUUCCAUGUGGAUUUGACUAGUGCUUUGAAGAGUGCUGUUGCUGAUUCUUAG